AUGUCCAAAUGUAGAUAACGUCAUUGUCAUUUAUGACAUGAGUAUUGGCCUAUCCGUUUGUGGCGCAAAAUAUUUUGAGGUUAUUCGUUAAAUCUAAUAAAAACACACAAAAUGCCUUUCAUGAAAGGUAGAGCACCUAUCAGACGUACGUUGAAUUAUCUAAACGCUGGAAAACUAGUAUUUAAAGACAAAUUAAGAAUAUUCUCCAUAGGUUACAACAUUCACGGUCAGAACAACACGGGUGCGAAAGAGUUCGUUUUCUGGUAUUUACCACAAAUACAGUAUAAAAAUCCGGAUGUUCAAGUUGCUACAUUAAAGAACCUGACACCUUCGCCGUUUGUAAAGUGCUAUUUUGAAGACGGAAGACGAAUUUUGGUUGAUAUUGACAAUAAAACUAAGGAAGAUAUUUUGGAGCACUUAAUCAAAACUGUUGGUAAAUCAAAAGAGAUUCUGGAGGCUGAAGCUGUAGCUGCUGAGAAAAAAGACAACCCAGCUAAUUUCGGCAUUGGUUGUGAGAGACCUUGUAUAUGUGAAGUGUAUGGUCAAGUGCCUUGCCCUGGAGUUGUUCCUUUACCUAAGGUUAUGCGGGGUAAAUACAUUAAUGCAAAAGAUUAGUUUAUAUAUUAUAUCUUAUAAUUAAAAAGUUUUGGGUGUGUAAAUGAAAGUAAUUAGUUAUAUGU